UCCGAAGAAAAUUUUUAAAACCCGACACGAAACCCGACCCGACAAAUCCCUGAUCCAAUGAAAUAAAAAAUAUCAUUAGUAUACAUACUUUAAUAAAUAUUAAAAUAUUAAUUUUCUGCCCUAUUUAAUUUUAAAAAUAAAUUUUCAAGGUUCGUCAAAUGGCAAAUAUUCAAAAAUAUUCAGUUCAAUGUGUUCUCGUAAUAAAUAUUUUUACAGAAAAAAUUUUUAUUCUUUUGUGGUUUUGGUAUGGUAUUUUACUUGUAGCUACUUCUAUUUCUUUUAUUUAUUGGUUAACAAUGAUGUUAUUCCCCCAUUUUGGAACGUGGUAUAUUGCCCAAGCUUUGGAACUUUGUCGAAUGGAGCCAAGUGAAAAACAAUUGGAUAUGUACACAAUUAAAAAAGAACGUAAACAUGUUGCAUGUUUUGUUAAAGAAUUUUUAAAAAAUGAUGGAGUUUUUGUUAUUAGAAUGGUUGGAAUGCAUACAGGAAUACUUUUUACAAGUGAAUUAACUUCUGAACUUUAUCGAAUUCAUUCAGAUUUAUUAAUAAAUAAUUCAGAACAACGUUUUAGUGAAGAUACAACAUUAAAAUUAGUUGAAGAUGGAGGGACUCCUAUAAAAAUAAAAUCAACAAAAACAUUCACUCAUCCUUCAAAAAAUAAAAAAAGAAGGGCAGAUUCGGCACCUUUAGGGGAAGAAAAAGAAUUUAAAACAAAACUUUUACCGAUAGAAAAUGAAAAUAAGGAGGAAAGUUCUUCCUCAAAUUCCUCUUCUAAAGAAAAUCAUCAAAAUGAAUCUGAUGAGGAUAAUAAAAAAUAA